AUGACCUCCUUCAAUCAAUCCUCCGGGGCGCAGGAGUUCCCCGGGGCGCAGGAGUUCCGUGCGACGGUGGAAGAUGACGGACUCGACGCUGACUAUAGUAUGGUCGAAUACCCUGAGGAACCCGACUAUUACGUCCUACUGGGUCUUGCACGCAAUCCACCCCCGACAGAUGCCGAGAUCCGAUCCGCCUACCGCAACCUGACCCUCAGCUUCCAUCCAGACAAACAGCCGCCGCAUCUCCGUCAUGCCGCCGAGAGUCAGUUCAGACAUAUCCAGGAGGCGUAUGAGACGCUCAUUGAUCCGAAAAAGCGCAUUGUGUAUGAUAUAUCUGGUGCGGCGGGUGUGCGACAGGAAUGGGGUCAGCUUGGGGCCAUGGGGAUUGGUGGGGAGGCACAACGACAGGAUGUUGGUGUCAAGGCGAUGUCGCCGGAUGAGUUCCGGCGCUGGUUCUUGAAGACGAUGAAGAAACGGGAGCGGAAAGCAGUCGAGAGUCUAGUUUCCAGCAAGGGCGGCAUUACCAUCGGAAUCAACGCGUCAACCAUGGUCUCAGUCGACGAAGACGAAGACGUACAGUUCCAUAUCCCUUCACCGAAAGUGUCCACAUAUGGUGUUUCGUAUAAUUUCAAGACGCCGCUGUCAUUACCACAGCUUUGGGGUACGGCAGACAAAGAACCAGAAACCGAGGGUGUGGAAACAGACUCAGGAGAAGAUGUGCAAGAGGAGGAACCAGAGAACAUGCAGUUGGCUUUCAAUGCGGGUAUAACUGGAGGUUUGGCUCGCCCGGUCAAGAAAGUCACAGUUGAGUACGAGGAUGGGACAGAAGGAGAAGAAAAGUUCCAAAUGCCACCCAUCCUGGCUGCUCAGAACUUCCAAUUUGGGGCCACUGUGACUCCUAAUUUUAAAAACCUGAUCGGCACCAAGGGAAUCUGGGCCAAACAUCCUUUCUCGCUCCUCAGGGAUUCCCAAGUCACAUUUGAUGCUCUUCUUCUCCCUGUCCCGACCCUGAAAGCAAACAUUGCUCGAGCCUUCCAGCCAAUCCCCGGCACCAAGCCGUUCCAGGUCAGCGUGACCAGUAUACACACGCGCUCCUUGGACGAAACGCCGCCUUCCCUUGAGGUUCAAAUUUCGAGGGAAAUUGCCAAGAGGAAGAUCGGCGUCAUUACAUGGUCCAGUGGCGUUGUUGACUGGCCCGAAUUUCUUCUCAACUGGUUCCCAACGCUUGGAAUGGGUGCUCAGAGUGCCAUUGCAUCUGCUAACGAGGUCAGUAAUCUGCAAAUUGGUCUAAUUUCGCUCCCCAAGCAGGGCCAAGCUGCAAUCGAUUUUGAUGAUGACGACGAGGAAGAGAGUGGAGAAAUGGAAGAGGACGUCCGUCAUCUUCUCAAGAAAAAACGCCAAAUCGACCAAUCUGCCGAAUCAUGGCAAACCUAUCUCCAGGCUACACCCGCCGGAGGCGCUUUUGUCUUGAACUAUUCUCGCAACCUCUUCUCUGGAAAACCAGCCGAUGAUCCGGUAAAGACAGAAUGGAGCUCUGACGGGUACUUCCCGAUGCCGAGCAUGGAUCAGGCGCGUGCUGUGCGACUCGAGAUCUCAAGCGUUAUUGGGUUAGACAUGUCUCUCAAUUGGACCAUCAAGGGUGUUCGCCGGGUUGGCGAGUACACGCGUGUUGGUCUCGGCGUUGGAAUCGCGGACAAGGGUAUCAUGAUGACAGUUUCAUGGAGUCGGCUCGGCCAAAGCAUUAAUCUUCCGAUCAAUGUUUGCCCGGCUAGUGAGGCGACAAGCGGCGCUGCAGCGCUGACUGCUAUAUUCCCUUGGCUGGCCUACUGCGCUAUUGAAUUUGGCUAUAUUCGCCCGCGCGAUAGGAAACUCCGUCGACAAGCAGCUGCUCGACGCCACCGUGAGCUCACGAAGCUGAUCCCUAAGAAGCACGAAGAGAGUCUCCAGGCCAUCGAGCUCAUGAGGGAUCAAGUGCAAAGACGGCAAGCCCGAGAGGAAGCGCAAGAAGGUCUGAUCAUCUUGAAGGCCGAGUAUGGUUACAUACCGCCAGUAAACAAGAAACCCAAACAUGGGUUCGCGGAGCCCAGGGUGAUUGAUGUCACUAUCCCUGUGGCUGCGCUAGUUAACCGGGGUCAAUUGGUGAUUCCCGGCAAGACUAUCAAGUUCCAAAUUUUGGGAUUCCAUGACCCUGCGCCUUUGCUACCCAAACGAUUGAAGAUCUGGUAUAGAUUCCAGGGGCGCGAUCAUUUCGUCGAGGUAGGCGAUAAAGAGGACAUCGCAUGCCCCAUGCGUACACACUUUAUAUCCAAUGAAAAAGCCAAAUGGAGCGUCACUCCAGGGUCUCUCCUCAUCAUCCACGAGUGCACAGCUCUUGAGUUGCUCACUCUUGAAAUGUCGACCUCUAUUGCUUCGGGACUUUUCAAGUCCCUCCCAAAACCAAAAUACACUGGCGAGGAGGAGGAGUUGCCACAACAUGCGCAACCCCGUGGUCCGCGCGUGGUGGGCGCCGACCAGAUUGAUGAGACACAGGUUGUCCUACGGAGGACCGGACCCCCGCCUUACCAAAACCGUGCAGGAUGGCGACCUCGCGCCCCCGAGGAUUUCGGUGACGGCGGCGCGUUCCCCGAGAUUCUAGUCGCACAAUACCCCCUCGACAUGGGCCGAAAGGGAAAGUCCAAGUCGAAUGCGCUUGCUCUUCAGGUUGAUGCCGAAGGCAAGGUCAAGUACGACGCGAUCGCCCGCCGCGGACACGCCGACAACCGCACCGUCCAUGCCUCGUUCAAGGAUUUAAUCCCGCUCCGACAGCGGGUGGAUAUGGGAGAGAUUUCUCUGGAUAAGCCGUCUGAGGAGGAGAUCGAAGCUCAGAUGGAGAAGACAAAGGCUGCGCUUCAAACUUUGGUUGAAGGAGCUUCAUCGGCGCAGAAGCCGAAGAACGUCAAGGGCGGACAAAGAGCAGAGCCGACUUUCGUCCGAUACACCCCGGCCAACCAGAUGGGCAACAAUGGCCGCCAGAAUGACCGCAUCAUGAAGAUCGUUGAGAGGCAGCUGGAUCCUAUGGAGCCGCCCAAGUUUAAGCACAAGAAGAUUCCUCGUGGCCCACCCUCCCCGCCGCCGCCCGUUAUGCACUCGCCGCCUAGGAAGCUCACUGCGGAGGACCAAGAAGCUUGGAAGAUUCCCCCACCCGUGUCGAACUGGAAGAACCCGAAGGGCUACACCGUGCCCUUGGACAAGCGUUUGGCUGCAGAUGGUCGCGGACUGCAAGAUGUCUCCAUCAACGACAAAUUUGCCCAGUUCGCAGAGGCUUUGUUCACGGCGGAUCGACACGCGCGUGAAGAGGUGCAGCUCCGAGCUCAGAUGCAGCAGAAGUUGGCAGAGAAGGAGAAGGCACAGAAGGAGGAGCAUCUUCGGAUGUUGGCUCAAAAGGCUCGUGAGGACCGCGCUGGUCCCAGUGCUCGUGUGUCGCGAGCUCGUUCCCGCUCCCGAAGUGCUAGCCGCAGUGCAUCUGUAUACUCCUCCAGAUCUGCUACCCCUAGCGAAGAUGACGAAGCCGCCCGAGACCGCGCAGAGCAGCGCCGCGAGCGACGCCGCGAAGAUGAACGACAGCUGCGCCAGUCUCGCAUGGGCACAGAGCGCCGCAUUCAAACCAUGGCCCGAGAACAGAACCGUGACAUCUCCGAGAAGGUCGCGCUUGGUCUGGCCAAGCCUACACAGAGCUCUGAAUCUAUGUGGGAUUCACGUUUGUUCAAUCAGACCAGUGGCAUGCAGGCUGGUUUCAAUGAAGAUAAUCCUUACGACAAGCCGUUGUUCGCUGCGCAGGACGCCAUCAACAGCAUCUAUCGUCCACGUGCCCAAGCUGAUGCCGAUGACGAAGAUGCAGGUGAAGGCGAAAUGAGCAAGCUUGAAAAGACCAAGCGAUUCGAGGUCCUGGGUCGCGCCAAGGAGGGAUUCCGUGGCGCUGCUGAAGCCGAGGAGCGCCAAGGUCCUGUUCAGUUCGAGAAGGACACUGCUGAUCCAUUUGGCAUUGACAACAUGAUUGCCGAUGUGACUGCGGGCCAGAAGCGUUACGGAAUUCAGGAAGCUGAAGGUGAUGAUGACCGCAAGUCGAAACGCCCGAGGGUCGACGACGAAUAA